GUUGGGGGUGGGCUUUCUAGCUACAGUGUUACGGAAGAUGUCAUUCGUUCUUCGAGGAGCUAUGUUGAGUGCGACAAAGACAGGAGCAUGGACCCUUGCUAGGGCCUCUGCUCCCCUUGUCACCAAUGUGGGCCAACCGAUAUUACUGAGAUGUCCCCAAAGGUCACAACCCCUCUACACAGAUUUCUCUCGAUUAAGCAGCACAUCAGCCGAAGAGGAACCAGCAGAGUCCAGUCCAGUUGAAGAGAAAGUAUACCUCAGUGCAUCAUGUGUUCAGAGGCUAGAAGAAAUCAUGGAUAAGGGAGAGUACCUGAGAAUACAGGUGGAAGGGGGAGGCUGCUCUGGGUUCCAGUACAAGUUUAUCGUUGACAGUACUAGGAACGAGGAUGACAGGGUUUUUGAGCAGGGAGGGGUAGGGAUCAUUGUGGACCAAGAUAGCCUGGAGUUUGUGAAAGGCUCGACACUGGACUAUACUCAGGAGCUGAUCCGCUCCUCCUUCCAGAUGCUGAAGAACCCCCAGGCAGACCACGGCUGCUCCUGCGGAACCUCCUUCUCAGUCAAGUUAGGAGUCUCGGCCUGAGGCUUUCAGCUCUCAAACCCUCAUCCCCUACAUCCCUCACUAAGUCAUCAAAUUAUAUAGUCAGAGACCGUGUUCUCAUGGUUGCAUAAGUUAUUACACAAUUCACAGACGAUCCUUGUAGCAACUCAGCAACUAAAAACAUUGACAGACUGGUGUAUCUUUAGGUACAGUAUGCUUGGUUACAAAUUAAACUAAGUGGAUGAGAAUCUGAGAUUUUCUUGGAUACGAAGAGAUGGAUUGGUUUUCAAGUGUUACAUUUCACUACAAUAUAAAAAACUGUCUUAUUGAUUCAUUAUACAUUUAUACUAAAUGAAGACUAUGCUUUGGAGUGGUUUGAAUGCGCAAGAGUGUAUCCUGUACCUAGAUGUGUUUGUAUAUGUAAAGAAUGGUUUCAUAUCUCUAACAAUAAAACGUGUUAAAAGGA